GCGGAAACCCCUCCCGAAUCCCAACUCAGGCAGCGGAGCAAAAGAAAAGAAGAAUACCAAGGAAUCAGGAAAUAGUAGAAGAGAAAAGAAACUAUCAGUAUAAAGAAAGAUGCAGACCUGAGGGUGAUUCCCCGUCCUCUCGGCCCGGCGAAGUGUGAGACUAAACAGCGUGCCUUGAGGAAGACUGAAGGGAAGAGGGACGAUGGGGUUCGGACGGGACCUGCGGAACUCCCACGACGGGCUGUUGAAGCUGCAGGACUGGGAGCUGAAGCUGCUGGAGACGGUGAAGCGCUUCAUGACGCUACGGGUGAAGAGCGACAAGGAGUACGCAUCACUUCUCCUCAACAUCAGCCAGCAGGUGGAAAAGCACGACAACUCCUCCCAGAUGGACUACAUCAGCAACGUCUCCAAGUCUUGGGCCCACGUGGUCCAGCAGACGGAACAGCUGAGUCAGAUCAUGAAGUGUCACGCGGAGGAGCUGAACUCGGGCCCUCUGCACAGACUCACCAUGAUGAUCAAAGACAAGCAGCAGGUCAAGAAGAGCUACCAGAGCAUCCACACACAGAUCGAGUCCGAGAUGAACAAGGUGACAAAAAGUGACCUAGAAAAGUUAAAGGGCACCUAUAGACAAUUGACAAAGGAUGCCCACAGUGCCAAAGAAAAAUACAGAGAAGCAAUGGUGAAAGGCAAGGAGCCAGAGAAGGCGAGGGAGCGCUACGACAAGACCACUAUGAAGUUGCACAACCUCCACAACCAGUACGUGCUGGCGGUGCGGAGCGCCCAGCUCCACCAGGAGCACUACCACGACACCACGCUGCCCCUCCUGCUCGACUCCCUGCAGAAGAUGCAGGAGGAGAUGAUCAGUGCACUGAAGGGGAUUUUGGAGGAAUACAGUGAAAUUACCAGUCUCUUAACUGAUGAAAUAGUGAAGGUCCACAAAGAAAUACACACGUCCAUCGACCAAAUUGACCCUGUGUCAGAGUAUGAACACUUCAUUGAGGUCUACAGGUCUCCAGAAACCAAAGAACCGAAUGUAGAAUUUGACAUUUCACUGUUGGAGGAAACAGAGAAUCUUCAAGCAAACGAGAUCCUAUGGAACAAUUUGACUGCAGACAGUUUACAAGCGAUGCUAAAAUCCACAUCAGAUGAGCUGGUCCUCACUCAGCAGAGCCUACGCAGCAAGGAGGAUCUUAUGCAGGACCUGGAGAACAAGAUCGAGGAGUCCACCAGAACAUGUGAAAGGAAGUCUGAUGCGGUUCUGCUGCUCAGUCAGAAGCAGUCUCUGGAGGAUCUGAGGCAGACUGUCCAGUUGCUACGCUGCACCGAGGCCAAGCUGGGCGCCCAGAAGGACCUGCUCGACCACAAGAUGCAGGAGAACGAGGGCAAGGAGCUGCCCCCCAUGGUCAACUACGAGGACGAUGCGCGCUCAGUCAACUCCAUGGACAAAGGCAAAGACAAGAUAUCAAAGUUUGACACCUUGCGUCAUUCCAUCGCCGGUAUCAUCCGCUCUCCGAAAUCUGUCCUUGGCUCAUCAUCUCAGUUUUUUGACGUGAUCCCGACCAGUGAGAAGCCCCUGGGGGACCAGGAGUGGUACCACGGGGCCAUCCCCAGGACCGAGGCCCAGGAGCUGCUCAAGCAGCAAGGCGACUUCCUGGUCCGGGAGAGCCAUGGCAAGCCUGGCGAGUACGUCCUGUCUGUCUUCUCCGACGGACAACGGAGACACUUCAUCAUCCAGUUUGCAGACAACCAGUAUCGUUUUGAAGGCACUGGCUUCCCGACCAUUCCUCAGUUAAUUGAACACCAUUACACCACAAAGCAAGUCAUUACCAAGAAGUCAGGGGUGGUGCUUUUAAACCCAGUCAUCAAGGAUAAAAAAUGGAUACUCAACCAUGAGGAUGUUAUUCUUGGAGAGCUUCUUGGCAAAGGCAACUUUGGUGAGGUAUUCAAAGGAACAUUGCGGGACAAGACUCCUGUGGCAGUCAAGACCUGUAAAGAGGAUCUUCCACAGGAGCUGAAGAUCAAAUUCCUAUCAGAAGCCAGGAUCCUGAAGCAGUAUGACCACGCGAACAUUGUGAAGCUGAUAGGCGUCUGCACACAACGGCAGCCUAUUUACAUUGUGAUGGAGCUAGUGCCAGGAGGGGACUUCUUGUCAUUCCUCCGGAAGAAGAAGGAAGACCUGAAGACCAAACAGCUGGUGAAGUUUUCUUUAGAUGCUGCUGCAGGAAUGGCUUACCUCGAGCUCAAAAACUGCAUCCACAGGGAUCUGGCUGCCAGGAACUGUCUGGUGGGAGAGAGCAACCUGCUGAAGAUCAGCGACUUUGGGAUGUCGAGACAAGAGGACGAUGGGAUCUACUCGUCGUCCGGCCUCAAACAGAUCCCCAUCAAGUGGACGGCUCCAGAGGCAUUAAAUUAUGGGAGAUACAGCUCGGAGAGUGACGUGUGGAGCUAUGGGAUCCUCCUAUGGGAAACGUUUAGUCUCGGAGUGUGUCCUUACCCAGGGAUGACCAACCAGCAGGCCAGAGAGCAAGUGGAGAAAGGCUACAGAAUGUCCUGUCCACAAAAGUGCCCUGAUGAGGUUUACAAAGUCAUGCAGAAGUGCUGGGAGUACAAGCCUGAAAACCGGCCAAAGUUUGCCGACCUUCAGAAAGAACUGGCCUCGGUCAAGAAAAAAUAGCACCCAGGUAGGGGAAGGGGGACCAAGUCAUGCAUCACCUCCAGGGAAUCAUCCCCUUACAACCACAGAACGUUACGUCCUUGAUGCUACUCGUCGUGAUUGUAUUUACGGUUUAUACUUUGUCACAAAAUCACUGUGUUAUUUGCCUAUGCAACUGUUUUGAGCCAUUAUCAAGGAGAGAGGUCUCUGCUUAGCUUGGAUCAUUGUCAAAAUUCGACCGUAUUUCUUUUUGAACCUGGUGCUCUUUUGUUCCUGUUUGUUUCUUUCACCUCUUACUGAACCUCAGUAAACGUCAGGUAUUUUGGAGCAAAACCAUGCAAACAUGGAAAGAUGAUGUGUGUGAUACGUAAAACGAUGCUCCGUUGCACACACAGUGAGCUCAAACCGUACUGGGACAGUGACAAAUGAUACAAAUGCUAUUUGUGCAUCCUUAUUCACAAUUCAUUCAGGAUUAUCUGUAAUCAUGGUAGCAUCCACAUGAAUACAGAAGUGUUUAGAAGCAAAUGAUAUUCAUAUUUACAGUCAAAGUGAUUCCAAAAUGGCGCAAUACAUUAUUUACCAUUCAUUUCUAUUGGGCCUAAAAUAAUCUGAAACACAACCAAAUUAAACAGCAAAUGCGUCCACAAACUUGAUGUAGUCAUUGUGUGCUAUGAAUAUGGGACCAAAGACGUACGUUUUUACUAUUUUAAUACACAAAUAAGUGAAUUUGUUUUAAUUCUUUUGGUGCCUUAAAAUGGGGUGACUAUGUACAAAAAGUGCUGUAAUUUCUGAACGAUUCUCUGUUUGGAUAAAAAAAUACCCUCAAAUUAAAGCUGACAGUUUGCACUUUAACCUCACAGUCAUUGUAUCAUUUCAAACCCAAAGUGCAGGAGUACCGAGCCAAAACAACAACAACAAAUGUGUCACUGUCCCAAUACUUUUGGAGCUCACUGUAUGACUUCUGCUGUUUUGCUAUUGCUCAUCAUUCAUUCAUAGCCACAAUAAUGAACAUUUUCCAAAUUUUUUUUAGGGCCCCGAGUUUGGUCCUGUUAAGGUAGGAUGGUUUAUGAGGACGUGAAAAAGGUUUCUGGGGCUCCGUGUAGCUGUGCAACCUCCAAAACAGACUGAUAAGGUAGAUGCACUCUGUAGCUCAUUUCAGUCUUUAGACAGAUUGCGUAUGAGAACCUGUUGUUCUCUUUACCAGCAGAUCAUACCUCGGGGUUAUUAUUGUAUGUCUCAAGCUUGACUUUUCGACUUUCCAGGAAGAAAAAUACUUCUAGCUGAAAGUCUUGUUUGUGACGAUUUUGAGAUCAGCUACAAUGUCUUUCCAAAGAUCAAGUAUUCUCUUCACUCACACCAUUCAAUCUAGGAAACCUUUUAAGUUUAACAUACAAGGAUUAGUGCAAUUUGUUACACCAUUUUCCUAUAAUUAUUCAGGCUAUAAAAUGCAGAAAUAUUGAAGUAAUACUGCCUUAAUUAUAAAGUGAAUGAACUUCUAAGUUGUGUAUUUGUAAUUAAUACAAUUUGACUUUGAAUGAUUUAAUUUAAGACCCUCCAGAUUGCUGCCUCAUUGCUAAGUAUUGGUCAGUUGUUACAACCUCACUACUUUUGUAUGAUCUGAGAAUUAGAAUGUAUCAUAACUGUACUAUCUGACGUGAAAUGUGACAUUUUCGCAUUUCGUGUCAAAAACAGUCCGCUGUUACAUUAGCCAUGACAGUUUUAAGGAACUCCAGUUUUCAGGCAUUCAUAUGUUGUGGUAUUUUCUACUUCAGACAAUUAUUUUUGUGAAACACAAUUGUAAAUCGUUGAUAGACAUUGCAUUCAGUAAUGAACAGUGAACUAGUUUUCAUUAAGUAUACUUAGGGCCAGGAGUUUUAUCUGACCAUGCGUCAUGACCAGGAUAAAACUCUGGGACCUAGGGCUCGAAUCAAUCUGUAUCGCGAUUCGCGGAAGAUCCGCGGUAUGGCGUGAUUGAAAUGUAAAGAUAAUUUUAAUUGAGCCGACCAAUGCAGUGUUUACCGGGAACGUUGCCUUUUAAAUUUAAAUCGUGCUUUACCGUGAAUUUUCCGCAACACGGAUUGAAUUGAGCCCCUAGGCCUCGUCAAUAACUAGGGGCUACAGUUUUUCCUGACCAGGAAAUUCUCCUGGCUCUAUAGUGAAUUAGCUAUUCCAGUCGCUUCUGUAUUCGGGUCAUUCCUCUAAGGCUGCCAUGUUGUCUCCAUGUAGCCAAGCUCCUUGCCAUUUUGUGCUGACAGUCCAGAUGUGUCUUUAAAAGCAUCUUCUUUGAAUUAAACACAUCACAUCCAUCCAUCAGUUUCACUUGUCUUUCGAAUUUUACAAUCAAACAUUCCUCUUCCUGUAUUUUGUAAAUGCUAUAACCUUUUUCUACAUUUUGUUUUUCGAAUACUAAUCUGAAAAAAUGCAAUCGUGCAAAUGUAGGUCACUCUUUAUCGGUGUGUAGCUCUAUAGGAUUGUUUCUUCGAUAAAGAAAACAUUGUCUAUGUUUUGCGUCUGUAUCUGCAUGAUUGUUUGUACAUUUUUAGUAUGUAUAAAAGAUAUUUGGAAAGAUCCUCCUAUUUCCUAUCCUGUGUAUACAAUGUCAAACUGUCAUGACCUCAUCUGUUGUCUCUCAAAUGACAUCAUAUUCCCCAUAGUGCACUUAUAUGUGAAAGGUAGUGCACUACAUGGUAAAUAGGUUGCCAUUUGAGACUGGAGUAACAGUUAUUGAGUGGUUUCUCCAGUCAAAUUACCUCCAGAUUGUUUUUCUUGCAUUCCAGACGACCUAGUUACAGCUUUAGUUCUAAACACCAAACCAUUGAUUUGUACGUAUAUUUUUUAUUAACAUUGUCUUCAAUAACAAAAAGGUGUAGAAUGAAUGGGUGCUUACAUCUUAACUACUGGUUGAUGAGCACAAUAUAUUUCUGUUUAAACAAAUGUAAGGCAUACACCUUUUGUAGUAACCCUUUUAUUUAUUUGAGACACUAAAAUAGCAUUUUGUAUCAAUUUCAGUCUCUUAAGAUAUUUGCCAGUGUUUUUAUAGAAUUUGUUCUAUGGUUUAAUUUGUUUUCUAUUUGUAUUAUUCUCAUGCAAAGUGACCAAGUCUAGAUUUUGCCAUGGGUAGUUGGAGAUUCACCUCUACGCUACUGGCCAAUGCAUGAUAUGCAAACCAUUAUUACAUCUGUGGUGAAUGGAAUUGUAUUUUCUUUUGUUACUCAUGUUUUUUUAGUGACUAAUUCUGCUUCACAAUUCAAUGUGACUGUCUUGUGCUGUAUCAUCGUUUAUUUACUCCAAGGCCAACUUUACAGCGUUCGAAAGUAUGCGCCUUAUUGAGCGCUUUUCCUAAGGUAUAUUGCUAAUAUUUGAGUCUGUGUCAGACUAAUUUAAAGAGCUGGGAUAUUUAUUGCCACAAUAGAGACCUUUAUAUAUUUUGAUUGCACUUUUGGCCAUGUUAAAGACACUAUCAGAAAAAGGCACACUAGUACUGUUGUGUUAAUUGUUUCGCUCAACAUGUUUCCCUUUUAAUAAAGACCAUAUCUAAAGUAAAAAGUGGACAAUGCACUGGAUUUAAGUGAUCAAAUUAAUGUUACACGGUUACCCCACUUCAGAGUAAGAAUUGAAAAAUGUCCUUAACUGUAUAUUCCCCUUGUUAAUGAUCAAAUCUCAUAUGUCAUGUUUUUUUAUACUGUGUACUUGCAAUAAAUCUUUUUUGGCUCUUUGAA